UCAAUGGUCGCUUCGUUUCUUUCUCUCUCAAUUUUCAUUGUUAUUUGCCUGACUAUCGAUUUUUACUGUGAAAAGAAAGAAAGCAAAUUAUCAUUAUUUGGAAGCAGAAUAAUCUUUUCUUUAUACAAAAUGGUAUUGCCACUAGUGUGUUGAGUGUUUUCCUACUUUCGGCGUAUAUUACAGAAAGAGUUGCACCUGUGUUAGUAAAAAGUCGUCUAAGAAGAAUUAAGUGAAAAAGGUUUAUGACCGUCGUAAGGUCAUAGACCAUAGUGUAGUGUGUCAUGGAUCUCCCGGAUUGUCCUCCCGGAGCCGAGGGCUAUGAAGACUCAGUCGUGGAAGUACCCAAGAAGCCAGAAGCUGAAAAUACUUGCACCAAGGCCGAGAGAGAGUUCCAAGAGCAUCUAAACAGCUUGAAGAUCAAGACCGAGGAUGGCGGCUACCGGUGUAUGGUGGAGCGGCGAGGCCGGGAUAUAUCGGGGAAGUGGAUCUACCUGUGCUUCCCCUGCGCCGCGGUCUGCAGCGGGGAGUCUGUGCUGCAGACUCAUAUAUCGGGAAAGAAACACAAGGCCAAGCUGUCAUCAAAGAACUUUUGGCCCCUCUCAAUUUUCUCAGAACAUCCCUAUGUCUUGAACGAAAAGGGCUUGAAAACUACAAAGAGUGCUGCAUCUGAAGAGGUUUUACAAAAAAUGGCCCAAGAGGUAGGCCUGCACAAUCAGGAGAGGUCAGAGCUCGAGGUCCUGUAUGGGAAGUUCAGGAACAUCCGCUGUCACAUCCAAGACGAGCUGGACAAAGUCAAGACUCCGCUGCUGGGCGUGGAGUACCUGGUGGAGCAUCCGCCGGAGCAGGCGCACUACGAGCCGUCGUACAUCUGCACGCUGUGCUACAAGCAGGGCCACCCGCGCACCAUCAUCUCGCAUCUGACUUGCUUCAACCACCGCUUCACUUAUAUUACGCGCCAUUUCAGUAAGGCAGCGCAACUGCUGGGGCCUUUCCGCGGCCAGUCGCGGUACCGCGAGGGCGUGUCGUCGGUCAUGAACCGGCUGGUGCAGCGCAUACAGGACAAGUACGGCCGCAUGCUGCCCGUCAACUUCGAUAAGGACAUGUACGAGAAGGAGAAGGAGCGCAUCCACAAGUGGAUAUACAAGGGGCCGCACUUCGCGCAGACCGACGACUGCACCUUCGAGGAGGUUGUCGACAUCGACCUCAUACACUCUCUACAGCCUAGCGAGAAAGCGAAUAGGUUCAACAAAGACCCAUCGCCACCUAUCGUCAAUGCGCCCAUAAGACCGCAAUUUAAGAGUCAGGGCCGCCGCGCCGGGUUCUCUGGCCGGCGGCGGUCGUCGGGUCUGUCCGACGUUAGCGACGACGACACGAGGCCCGUGCGACCCGACCACAGGGAUCGCAAAAACCGCUACGAACCAUACGAGGAUCGUCGACGCGAUGAUAAGAGCUUGGCCGCUACUGACACUAAGGCUUCACUUCACAAGCGGCAGUACAAGAUGAAAAUAACGACGGACAGACAGAGACAGAUCGAGGAGGCGGCGGAGAAGACCCUCGCCUACCACCAGAAGAACCCCGAGAAACACCCCAUGUACCCCGAGGAAUGGAAGAAGUUCUGGAACAGACGAUACAAGGAGAUACAAGCGGAGGGCAAGGACCCGUCGAAGCACGACUUCAAGCCAGAGUGGAUAAGUUACUGGAUGGCGCGCAUGAAGGAGCUGCACGAGCAGGAGCUGCGCGUCAACAUCGCCGAGCUGUACCGCAAGAUGUGCCUCACGCCGCCGUCAGAGCGCGCCACGCCCGACCGACCCACGCGCCCUAGACGACCCACGCCCGGCCGCAGGUCGCCGGGAAGGUCAUCUGGUCGAAGGUCACCCGGAAGAAGGUCACCGGGACGCCGUUUGUCUCCUGGACGUCGUCCGUCCCCAGGGCGUCGUCCAUCCCCAGGGCGUCGCAUUUCUCCAGGGCGUCGCGUAUCCCCAGGGCGUCGCGUAUCCCCAGGGCGUCGCAUAUCUCCAGGGCGUCGUGUAUCCCCAGGGCGUCGCUUGUCGCCAGGGCGUCGCUUGUCACCAGGGCGUCGCGUGUCCCCAGGGCGACGCCCGUCCCCAGGACGUCGCUUGUCCCCAGGACAUCGUUUGUCCCCAGGACGUCGCUUAUCCCCGGGGCGGCGCCCGUCUCCAGGGCGCCGUUACUCCCCCAAUCGCCUUCGCUCACCGCCGAGGACGGGUCGUCCGCUUGUGGAUUAUAAUCCGCGCAGGUCCUCCGAGCGUCGAUCGCCGCGCCGCCGCAGCCCGCUCAAAAGUCGCACGCGCUCGCGCAGUCCAGUGCGUAGGUCAUGCAGUCCGCUGUCGCGGCGCGCGCUGCCCCGCAACCGCAGUCCAGCUCGCGAGCCAAACACCGUGCUCAUAUCUGACGACGAGCUAAAGCCCGACGACGGGCUCUCUCCGUGGAACUCUGACUCGUCGCUGGGCUCGCUGCCGGACGCGCGCUCGCCGCUGGUGGGCCGAGCGCGCGCCGACAGCGUGACGUCACACGCCACGCGCGCGUCACGUGGCUCGCGCGUGACCGACAACGCCAGCGCGGACAACGUGGUGGCCACGCUGCGGUUACUCGUCGCGCUAGAGGACUACCUCGGCAGCUUGGGGCCGAAGGUCGUCGAUCUGCUCGCGGAGGCCAUCAAAAUGGAGAAGGAGAAGCCGAACUCCUCCGAGGAGCUGCUAGUGCGGGAGUCGGCGGUGGUCCUCAUCGAGACGGCGAAGGAGCGUCUGAAGGGCGCGGCGCAGGCGGGGCUCGUGGCGGGCAGUGCGGCCGCCGCCGUGCGCUCCGCCGUCGUGCGCGCCGCCGCCACGCUGCACGAGGCGGACCGACGCGCUAAACAGAAACCCACUACCAAGCCGAAGUCAACAGACCAGCUGCCAGUUGCGGGCGUGGGGGAGGUGAACCGGGAACAGAUCGCGCAGCAGAUGGCGGCGGCGCUCAUCGCGCAGGGCAAGACAGACGUCUCCUCUGAGGAGUUGGCGCAGCUGGUGGACGCUGUGGUUGGCAUGGCUGAGGCGAAAAGACGCGAAACUCAAGAGAAGGCAGCGGCGGUAGACACACCCAAACCGAAGACGAACACUUCCAACAUGGCGGGCCACGCCAGCGCAUUACAGUUGCUGCAGACCGCAUACGAUGACAAAAAAGGUGAAAACCAAGACGCGCCGGACGCUAUGGACGGCCUCUCCGACUCCGACUUGGAGACCUUACUGAAGAACUUCAACGAGUUAUCAGCGGAGGAGCAGCACAGCCUCAUCGCUUACCUCAAGAAGCUCGAGGCUCGUGAGCCCCAGCGGGUGGAGAGACUGCGGCAGUAUGUUAGCGCCGCCCCAGCCACACCCGCCGCGCCCGCCACGCCCGCGCCCGCGCCCGCACCAGACAUACAAACCGUCGCCAUCGAGAGCGAUGAUGAUGAUUACACCGUUGAAGAGGUUUUCAAGUCUGCUACACAAAAAGUGAAAGAAGAUCAGAUGCGACAAGAAAUGGAGAUUGUAAAGAAAUCCUUGGAGGAAAUUAAGACUGCGCCUGUCCAAGAGGAAGCACCGAAAGAGAUAAAUCCCGAGCCCGUUAAGAACAUGAGCUCCGCGACAGACUUGUUUGCAUUGGUGCAAGCGUCUCUCAAAUCCGCUUCGGCUAAUUCUCAAGCGCAACAAUCCGAAGUCGUAUCCAGCAACUCGCAACCGCGAUCUUUCGGCGAUUUGCCAGAAAACACCUCAGAUCCCAAGCCGAUAACUCCGCUCAUCAACCCACAAACUUUAAACCCCGCCCCUGGGCUCGGUCGAUCGCUAAACAUUCCCCUAGAAAACAACUGGAACGAAACCUCUAGACCGGCCGUGUGGGAAACCGGCUCAGAUGAUAAUAGACCACCAGUAAAUGCACGAGGCUACGACGAUAAAUUCAAUGAGGGACCUACAGGUCCAAAUAAUUUUAACCAGGGGCCUAGAGGCCCAGAUAGUUUUAACCAGGGACCUCGAGGCCCAGAUAAUUUUAAUCAGGGACCUCGAGGCCCAGAUAUUUUUAAUCAGGGGCCUAGAAGCCAAGAUAAUUUCAAUCAGGGGCCUAGAAGCCAAGAUAAUUUCAAUCAGGGGCCUAGAAGCCAAGAUAAUUUUAACCAGGGACUUAGGGUCCCAGAUAAUAAUUUGAACCAGGGACUUAGGGGCCAAGAUAAUAAUUUUAACCAGGGACAUAGCGGCCCAGCUGAUAAUUUGAACCAGGGACUUAGGGGCCAAGAUAAUAAUUUUAACCAGGGACCUAGCGGCCCAGCUAAUAAUUUUAACCAGGGACCUAGGGGCCCAGAUAAUUUUAACCAUGGACAGAGAGGACCCAACAAUUUUAAUCAGGGGCCGAGGGAACCCAGCAAUUUUAACCAGGGACAAAUGGGAGGAUCCGAUAAUUUUCAACAGAUUUCAAGAAUUGGUGGUUUUCAAGACAAUCAGAGCACACAAGGCAGUUAUCAGGGAAUGGGAAACAAUAACUUCCAAAAUCAGGGUCCACGCGGAAACUUUGGGAAUAGAACGCAGGAGUCUUACGACAACCAAGGUCGAGAUCAAAACCAAGCUCAGUUUGGUAAUCAGGAUCACAUGAAUAACCCGAGGCAAUUUAAUCCUCAGCAAUUUGGCGGCCAAAGCAACCAGCAACGCUACGGCAAGCCGAACAACCAGCAAAAUUUCGGGAAUCAGCAAAAACAGCAGCAGUUUGGGAACAAGCAGAGGUUUAAUAAGCCCAACAACGACAACUUCAGAGGGCAGAGGGGCAGGGGACGUGGGCGUGGCCGUGGACACUUCUGAUGAAAUGUUAUUAUUAGUUUAUUAAACGUACGAUGAAUUGUAUUACGAGUAGACUCUUUUGUAUCCAUAUUAAAAGGAUAUUUAAAGUAAUAUACAUUUUAUA